AUGGUCUCCACUGAUCCGGCCAUGGAGGCUGGUCUCGCGGAGGGAGGUGCUGCCGAGUACCUCGACCGCGACUACCGCAUCGCCGAGGACGAAAUCCUGAGCGAGUCGGGAAACACGACGCCCGACGGACAGGACACCGGAGUUCCCGAGUAUGACGCUCACGCUGAGAAGAUCACUCGUGGACCCGAAGUCUACCAUGACGCUAGCGGCGUUCCGCAGUCUUCUGUGUCCGUUCUCGGCCCUCUUAACGACAGCGGCCGUCGCGUGUCCGUUAGCCGCGGUAAGCAGGAAUUCGCUGCUCUGGAGCGCAAGUACUCCACCCUCUCGCAGCAGUCCUCCGACCACGGCCUUCAGCGCACUGUCACCGGGCGCUCUAUCGCCUCGGUUCGCUCCGCUUUCGGCGCUAAGCCCCAGCGCACCACCACCCGCCAGUCCGCCGUUACCGAUGGCACUGCCAACGCUAGCGGUGACGCCGAGAAGGGCCAGGCCGGCGAGGAUGACUUCAACCUCGCCGACGAGCUCCGUGCCGGCCGCCGCAAGCAGGACGACUCGCUGAUCCACCACAAGAACGUUGGUGUCGUGUGGGAGGAUCUCGAGGUCGUCGGCGCGGGCGGUAUGAAGAUGCACAUUCGUAACUUCUCCAACGCCAUCAUGGAGCAGUUCAUGAUGCCCGUCAUCAAGGUCAUGGGCCUCGUUGGCUACAACCCCUUCGCUCCCAAGCCCAAGACGAUCCUCUUCCCCUCGUCUGGUGUCCUCAAGCCCGGAGAGAUGUGUCUCGUCCUCGGUCGCCCCGGUGCUGGUUGCUCCACCUUCCUCAAGGCCAUCGCCAACCAGCGCGAGGGUUUCCUUGAGGUUAACGGCGACGUCGAGUACGCCGGUAUCCCUGCCAAGGAGAUGCACAAGAAGUACGGUGGUGAAACCCUCUACAACCAGGAGGAUGACGACCACCUUCCGACCCUGACUGUUGCCCAGACGAUCCGCUUCGCUCUCGAGCUCAAGACGCCCAAGAAGAAGAUUGAUGGCGUCACCAACAAGCAGUACCGCGAGGACCUGCUGAACCUGCUCCUCACCAUGUUCAACAUGAAGCACACCGCCAACACGAUCGUCGGUAACGCGUUCGUCCGUGGUGUUUCUGGAGGAGAGCGCAAGCGUGUCUCCGUCAUGGAGCAGAUGUGUUCCAACUGUGCCCUGUCGUCGUGGGACAACUCGACUCGUGGUCUUGACGCUUCCACUGCGCUCGACUAUGCCAAGUCGCUCCGUCUCCUGACUGACAUCAUGAACCAGACCACUUUUGUCUCGCUCUACCAGGCCGGUGAGGGUAUCUACCAGCAGUUCGACAAGGUCCUGCUCCUUGACGAGGGCCACGUCGUCUACUUUGGUCCUGCCAAGAUCGCCCGUCAGUACAUGGUUGGUCUCGGCUACGCCGACCUGCCCCGUCAGACCACCGCCGACUACCUCUCUGGCUGCACGGACCCCAACGAGCGUCGCUUCCAGGACGGCCGCAGCGCCGAGAACGUCCCCUCCACGCCCCAGGCGAUGGAGGAGGCCUACCGCAACUCGGACGUGUACCGCAUGAUGAUCGCCGAGAAGGACGAGUACAAGACCAAGAUGCAGCAGGACGAGCGCGACCGCGAGGAGUUCCGCAACGCCGUCCGCGACGCCAAGCACCGUGGUGUCGGCAAGAACUCGCCCUACACUGUAUCCCUCCUGUCGCAGAUCCUGGCGCUUACCAAGCGCCAGACGAUCCUCAAGUUCCAGGACAAGUUCGGCAUCUACACCGGUUACGCUACCUCGAUCAUCAUCGCCCUCAUCGUUGGUUCCGUCUACUUCCGUCUCCCCACCUCGGCUUCCGGCGCGUUCACCCGCGGCGGUCUUAUCUUCUUGGGUCUUCUGUUCAACGCUCUUACCUCGUUCUCCGAGCUGCCCGGCCAGAUGCAGGGUCGUCCUAUCCUCUUCCGUCAGGUCGGCUACCGCUUCUACCGUCCCGCUGCCUACGCCGUUGGUGCCGUCGCGGCCGAUGUUCCGUUCAACGCCUCGAACAUCUUCUUCUUCGUCAUCAUUCUCUACUUCAUGGGUGGUCUUUACUCGAGCGGAGGAGCGUUCUGGAUGUUCUACCUCUUCGUUUUCACGACGUUUAUGGUAAUGGCUGGAUUUUUCCGCACCAUCGGUGUCGCUACCUCGGAUUACAACGUCGCCGCUCGUCUCGCGUCUGUUCUUAUCUCCUUCAUGGUCACAUAUACCGGAUAUAUGAUUCCGAUGGCCAAGAUGAAGCGCUGGCUGUUCUGGAUUUGUUACAUCAAUCCCCUGUUCUACGGCUAUGAGGCGCUGUUCGCGAACGAGUUCAGCCGUAUCACCCUCGACUGCGACGCCGCGUACAUCAUCCCGACCAACAUCCCGCAGGCCGGUAUCACCAAGUACCCCGAUGGCGUUGGUCCCAACCAGAUGUGUUCGCUCCCCGGAUCGCAUCCCGGCUCUGGCGUUGUCACCGGCACUGACUACAUGCACGCCGCCUUCCAGUACUCCAAGUCCCACAUCUGGCGCAACUACGGUGUCCUUAUCGGCUGGUUCUGCUUCUACAUGUUCCUGCAGGCCUUCUUCAUGGAGACGCUCAAGAUGGGUGCCUCGCACAUGGCCAUUGUCGUCUUCAAGAAGGAGAACAAGGAGCUCAAGAAGCUGAACGCUCGCCUCGCUGAGCGCAAGGAGGCUUUCCGUGCCGGCAAGCUCGAGCAGGACCUUGGCAACCUCGCCAUGAAGCCCGUUCCCUUCACCUGGUCUGGCCUCAACUACACUGUUCCCGUCAAGGGCGGCCACCGCCAGCUCCUUAACGAUGUCUACGGUUACGUCAAGCCCGGAACCCUCACCGCUCUCAUGGGUGCCUCGGGUGCCGGUAAGACUACCCUGCUUGAUGUGCUCGCUGCUCGUAAGAACAUUGGUGUCAUUGACGGCGACAUUCUCAUGGGUGGCAAGCCCAUCGACGUCUCCUUCGCCCGUGGAUGUGCCUACGCCGAGCAGCUCGACGUGCACGAGUGGACUGCCACUGUCCGUGAGGCUCUUCGUUUCUCUGCCUACCUCCGCCAGCACGCCGAUGUUCCCAAGGAGGAGAAGGACGCCUACGUCGAGGACAUUAUCGAGCUCCUCGAGCUACAGGACAUUGCCGAUGGUAUGAUUGGUUUCCCCGGCUACGGUCUCUCUGUUGAGGCGCGCAAGCGUGUCACCAUCGGUGUCGAGCUUGCCGCCAAGCCCGACCUGCUUCUCUUCCUCGACGAGCCUACCUCCGGUCUCGACGGCCAGUCUGCCUACAACAUUGUGCGCUUCCUCAAGAAGCUCACCCAGGCCGGCCAGAAGAUUCUCUGCACGAUCCACCAGCCUAACGCUCUUCUCUUCCAGUCCUUCGACCGCCUUCUGCUGCUCCAGCGCGGCGGCGAGUGUGUCUACUUCGGCGACAUUGGCGAGGACUCCAAGGUUCUCAUCUCGUACCUCGAGCGCAACGGCGCCAAGGUGCCCGAGGACGCCAACCCUGCCGAGUUCAUGCUCGAGGCCAUUGGUGCCGGUUCGCGCAAGCGUAUCGGCGGCGACUGGCACGAGAAGUGGAAGAACUCGCCCGAGUUUGCCGAGACCAAGGAGGAGAUUGCCCGCCUGAACGCCGACGCCCUCGCCAACCCGCUCCCCGACGAGGGCAAGCCGAAGGAGUACGCUACUUCGUUCAUGACUCAGCUCAAGGUUGUCGGCCACCGCACCAACACUGCCCUCUGGCGCAACGCCGACUACCAGUGGACCCGUCUCUUCGCGCACAUUGCCAUCGGUAUGGUCACUCUCCUUACCUUCCUCCGCCUCGACAACUCGCUCGAGUCGCUGCAGUACCGCGUCUUCGCCAUCUUCUUCUGCACGGUUCUUCCCGCCCUCGUUCUUGCCCAGAUCGAGCCGCAGUACAUCAUGUCUCGCAUGACCUUUAACCGUGAGGCGUCGUCCAAGAUGUACUCGUCGACCGUCUUCGCCCUGACCCAGCUCAUUGCCGAGAUGCCCUACUCGGUGCUCUGUGCUGUCGCGUUCUUCCUGCUCCUCUACUACGGUGUUGGAUUCCCGACCGCCUCGAGCCGUGCCGGUUACUUCUUCCUCAUGGUCCUCCUCACCGAGGUCUACGCCGUCACGCUCGGCCAGGCCAUCGCGGCUCUGUCGCCCAGCAUUAUCGUCGCUGCGCUCUUCAACCCCUUCCUGCUUGUGCUCUUCUCCGUCUUCUGUGGUGUCACCGCCCCGCCCCCGACGCUGCCCUACUUCUGGCGUUCGUGGAUGUGGCCGCUCGACCCCUUCACGCGCAUCAUCUCCGGUCUCGUCUCGACUGGUCUCCAGGACGAGCUCGUGGUCUGCAAGGAGUCCGAGUUCAACCUGUUCCCGCCUCCCGCUGGCCAGACUUGCGCGCAGUGGGCCGGUGAGUUCGCCCAGGUUAUGGGCGCGUACAUCAACAACCCCGACGCCACCGACCAGUGCCAGUACUGCCAGUACCGCGUCGGACAGUCGUUCUUCGAGAACAUGGAGAUCUACUUCAAGUACCGCUGGCGUGACUUCGGAAUCUUCCUCUGUUAUAUAGCUUUCAACGUAAUCGUGCUCCUUCUAGCCGCCCGCUUCUUGUCGUACCGCAAGAGGUAG